CUUGCUAACUGUCUUUUGCUCUAGCUCUCUCUCUCUCGCUCUCCAUUUCUCCCUCUCUCUGUGACUCUCUUUUCUUGCCACGAUCAUUAAGCAGUGCGUGUAUGUCUGGCAAAAUGUGGAGCAGCCUUCGGGAGGGAUGAGCUGCCGGGCAACUGAGGAGAAGGCCAGAUAAGAGCAAAAAAAAAAAAAAUCAUUCAAUCAAAGGGAAAAUCAUUUUGUGAAGAUCGUUUUUCCACGGAAGUCCCACGCAGAGAGAGGAUUGCAUUCUCACAUUGUGCAAGUGUGUGUCACUCAGUUGGAGGGUGUGUGCGUGACUUCCAAUCUGCGACGUAAAGGUGGAUUUUGCCAUGCAGACCAGCAGGUAACUAGGUACGGCGCACCUCCUCGUGCAUAAUCCUCCUCUGCUUUUUCUCACACACUCCAGGGCUCCAAGCACAGGGGAGGUUUCAUGUUGAAAAACAAAAGGAAGGACCUUGCUGGGCCCGACGGUGAUGGUGUUUUGGACGCGUAAGGAGCUGUGCGGCGCCAGCGGGCAACGUGGGUAAACCAGUCAUGCGGCGCUACCACAUCCUUGCGGGUGGGGCCGUGCUGCUUCUCCUGGCCGGACUGGCCCUGAGUUGCCCCGCCCGAUGCGAGUGCUCCGCCCAGAGCAAGUCGGUGAGCUGCCACCGCAAGCGUCUCGCCGCCGUCCCCGAAGGCGUCCCCAUCGAAACGCGCGUCCUGGACCUCAGCAAAAACAAGUUACGCAUCAUCACCCCGGACAACUUCUCUUCCUUCCAUCUCCUGGAAGACCUGGAUCUCAGCGACAACCUGAUCAGCGUGGUGGAAAUCGGAUCCUUUCGCUCUCAGCUGGCUCUGCGCUCGCUCAACUUGCGCAGUAACGCCAUCCAGCUGGUUCCGGCGGGCGUGCUGUCGGGCCUGGGCAACCUCACUGGCCUCGACCUCAACCACAACAGACUUGUGGUUCUGCUGGACCACGCCUUCCAAGAUCUGCGCAAGUUGGCGUCCCUCCAGGUGGGCGACAACGAACUGGUUUUCAUCUCCCAGAGGGCCUUCGUGGGAUUGAGCGGACUGCAAAGUCUGACCCUGGAACGCUCCAAUCUCAGCGCGGUGCCGACCGAGGCUUUGGCGCAUCUCCGCAACCUGGUGGAACUGCGAAUGCGCCAUUUGAGCAUCGCUUUGCUCAAGCCGUUCUCUUUUAAAAGGCUCUCGCGUCUGUGCCGACUGGAGCUGGACUAUUGGCCCUGGUUGGACAGCCUCCCCCCUCUGUCGCUGCACGGCCUCAACCUCACCCAAUUGUUCCUGACCAACACCAACGUGUCCGCCUUCCCCGGCGCGGCCUUGCGCCACCUGCCCUACCUCACUCACCUCAACUUGUCUUUCUCCCGAAUCGGGCAUAUCCAUCAAGGCGAGCUGGGGCACUUCCCGCACCUGACGGAGCUUCGUCUGCAAGGGGCUCGGCUGCUUUCCAUCGAAGUGGACGCAUUCGUCGGCCUGGUGUCCUUGCAACUCCUGGACGUGUCGCAAAACCGCCUGGACUCUCUGGAGAGGGGAGUUUUCGCCUCGCCCGACGCCCUCCAGAGGCUUUGUCUGGGCGGCAACCCCUUGGUGUGUGACUGCAGACUGCUUUGGUUGCUGAAUAGCCACAAGCCGCCCUCCCUCCAUAUUCUCGACCUCCAGCCCCAGUGCAGCGCCCCCGAGUACCUGUCGGGCAAAACUCUGCGCGAGCUCAAGGAGCCGCUGGUCUCUCGCUACAUGACCUGCACCGAGCCGCGAAUCGGAGCCAACGCCACGCAGUUGCUGAUGGCCCACGAGGGUCAGCCGGCCCGCUUGAGCUGCGCGGCCGAGGGAGCGCCCAGGCCUUCGGUGGUCUGGAUUACUCCUCACAGACGCUACGUGACGGCCAAGAGCAGCGGCAGGGUGGAAGUCGGAGCGGACGGCGCGCUGGAGAUCAAGGCGGCCGAGCUGCACGACAGCGGGCUGUACCGCUGUAUCGCCAGCAACCCCGCCGGCAACGCCAGCUUGUCGGCCUCCUUGGCCGUCAAGGGUCUGGGCCUUAGGGACGGCUUGCGCGGUAGCAACAGGAGCUCAAAUUACAUGGCAAACUCCAGCAGCAGCAGCAGCAGCAGCAGCAGCACUUGGGGGAACGGCACCGUGUUGUACAACAUGACGGUCCCCAUAGACAUCAAGACUAUCAUUAUAUCCACGGCCAUGGGUUGCCUGUCCUUUCUAGGCGUGGUGGUUUUCUGCUUCCUGCUUCUGUUUGCCUGGAGUCGAGGCAAAGGACGCCAUAAGAGCAACUUUGAUAUCGAGUACGUCCCGCGCAAAAGCAACGGGGCCUCGGCCGAAGCCGCGGAAAGCAGCGGCCCCCGACGGGUCAAUAUGAAAAUGAUUUGAACGGGAAAACAAACCGUGUUGUCGUAUAGUGGCUGUGGAUGAAGUGGAUUGCGUGCAUUUCAAAGUGAAACCGUCAACGUGUUGAUAUGACUAAUGUCCUUGCGUUACAUGGAAUAUAAUACUAUAAUCGACAUAUCAAUAUGGAGUGUUGCACUUGGCAUGUGUAUCAGUGGUGAUGUGAUGAGUCAUGAUGUUGUCGAUUAUCCGUGACAUCAAAGUGAAGGGCGGACGGGACGGGGCGGGGGUCUUCUGAGCAGCCGCCGGCAUUGCUGCAAUACGUCAGGACGAAAUUGUUUAAUACCCAUCUUAGCUGCAGUGUGAAAGUUGUAAUCAUGUGCGCUGCGCGUGCCUGGCUGUACGUACCUACGUACGUAGGUACGUACGUAGGUACGCAUGUUGCAUUUGUGUCUUUCUUUGUGCAUGUGCACGCAUUGCCUUUCUUAUCUCAAAGAAAUAUUCAAAAGAUGGACUGCACAUAUGUUUUGUAUGGGGAAGUGAUUCUUAAAAUGAAGAAAUGCUGCAUCCGUUUAGAAAUGAUUGUUGCCCUCAUGCAAUGAAUCCAACUGUUGGGGACUCCACUUAACUCAGGAUGUGGAGGCGUCUCCUUGCAAAGAACACUGGUCAAAAGCUCCCAGCCAUGGCACGUUAAAGCUGUUUCAUAAUGUCAUCCAUCACAGGCAGUUUUUGCUGCUAGAAGAAAAAAACAGAAAACCGACCAGAAAUCCCUUGAUAUAAUUGCUAUAAAAGACUCUGUGACCGGCCGGCCAGACACAACGGCAAAGAUUUACUGGCUUGUGUCUGUCCGUCCGUCCGUCCGUCCGUCCUUUUUUGGACAAGACAAAGUUAAGCCUCAGCGAGUUAGGGCUUCAAUGUCCCCUCCUAUUUCUUUGAUGCCACCUCUUGACUUCUUUAUGGAGGGAGCCUCUGCUUAUUUCAUAGGUGUCGAUUUCAAACUUGUCGUGGAUUCUUUCUCGUAAUGUUGCGUUUCUUUGUUGGGAAAUCUUUCCAAUGUUUGAUGUAGGCAAUAUUGGCUAUAAAACUAGUCGCAAGGGCAAGUCCUUUGCAUUACGGAUGGAUGUGGCUGGUGUUUAUUUGUGUCAUUUUGUUGUGAGUUGUAUAAUUGUUUUCAUAUGAUACAUUUAUGGGUAUAUUUUCAAAGGAAAAUAAAUAUUAGAUGCUUUCCUAGCAUCAGAAUAGC